AUAUGCUUUUAACUGUUGGAAAGCUCCUUGAGUUUAAAGGGUUAAACAGGAUUAAAAGUGAAUUGUAACUAGGGGCUGAUGUGCAGGUGUACUUUACACUUCUCGAAGUAUUAGUGCAUCCUCCUAGCUGGACUGCUUAUGCUGCCUUUGAAUUAUUAUGAGCUUUAACUCUUUGAUGUGAAUACGGCAAUAGGCAAAAAUGUCUGCAGCAUGCGACUUCGUUGCACUCCACACUGGGCAGAAGAUGCCUCUCAUAGGACUGGGAACUUGGAAAAGUGAACGCGGCCAAGUAAAAGAAGCAGUGAAAUAUGCCCUAAGUGUGGGUUAUCGCCACAUCGAUUGUGCAGCAGCUUACAGCAAUGAAACAGAGAUUGGUGAGGCUUUCCAGGAGUGCCUUGGGCCCAACAAGGUUAUUAAAAGGGAGGACCUGUUUGUAACAUCAAAGCUCUGGAAUACCAAGCACCACCCAGAAGACGUAGAGCCGGCACUAAGGAAAACACUUGAAGAUUUGAAACUGAAUUACUUGGACCUGUACCUCAUGCAUUGGCCUCAUGCCUUUGAACGAGGGGACAAUCUCUUCCCGAAGAAUCCUGACAACACAAUGCGUUAUGAUUACACUGAUUACAAGGAUACCUGGAAGGCUAUGGAGAAGCUGGUAGAAAAAGGUCUUGUGAAAGCCAUUGGGCUGUCAAACUUCAACAGCCGUCAGAUUGAUGAUAUACUAAGUGUGGCUACUGUCAAACCAGCUGUGCUCCAGGUAGAAUGCCAUCCUUACCUAGCUCAGAAUGAGCUGAUAGCUCACUGCCAGAAGCGAGGACUGGUUGUCACUGCCUACAGCCCCCUUGGUUCUCCAGAUCGCAUGUGGAAACACCCAGAUGAGCCUGUGCUUUUAGAAGAACCUGGGAUCAAAAAGCUGGCAGAGAAGUACAGCAAGUCACCUGCACAGGUCAUGCUCAGAUGGCAAGUGCAGCGUAAAGUGGUUGCCAUUCCCAAGAGCGUCACUCCUGCUCGCAUUCAGCAGAAUCUCCAGGUGUUCGAUUUCAGCCUCACAGAAGAAGAGAUGAGCCACAUUGGAAGCCUGAAUAAAAACUGGCGUUACAUUGUGCCAAUGAUCACGGUGGAUGGCAAGCUCGUGGCCAGAGAUGCUGGACACCCCCAUUACCCCUUCAAUGACCCCUAUUAACUACUAGAAAAUAAGGUGUUAAGGAACAUGCUCCUCUGCAUGUUACCACAAAAUAAUUGUUUCCACAAUUCAUCAAAAUCCUCUGUCCAAAUGGAACCUUCCUUCCUGAGUAGGUUUACUGACAUUGCUCCUAAUUGAGCUCCUUUCUGGAGAUACUGUAGCUUCCCUGUCAAAGUUUGUGGGUUUAAUACAGUGACCAUAAACUUGCUCCUGGAAGCAUCAAUCGUUUGGGAAUUAGAUCAAUAGUGGGAGAGUCUGAAUCAAGUUCCUAACAUAUCAUUAUUAGGCUAGGGCAAUACUUUGGGGUUACUGUCUGUGAAACUGUUUUGAAGGCUUUAGUUAUUGCCAAAGCAGGGAAACAAAACCCAGAAGAAGGUGAAGGAAUUAAAGCAUUUUAAGUCUACACAACUGCUUAGACAUCAACUUUGAUAUCCUUAUCAGUAAUUUUUUUUACACAGGGAAUAAAAUGGAAUGUGCUGUGGCUGCAGUAUGUCCGUAAACCAUGAACCAGCCAUGCCCAGUGCUUUUUAUCCACUUUGAGUACUUGUGGGACUUGGAAUUCUCCCAUUUUUCUUUUUAUUGUAAUUUGCUUGUAGAUUUGAGGAGAAUCAAUGUGCACCGUGGUGCAGGCCUCUAGGGCACGCUUCUGUGUUGCUUCUCACAUGGAUAGGUUUUGGCUCUGACAAUAGCUCUGAUCAUCCUGUCACAAAAGGAUCCAGACCGUUUUUGCAAGUCUUGUAAAAAACCAGCCUGCUUUUCCUGUAGUUUCCCAGUGUCUCUUUACCAAAGAUGCCCAGUUUGAGUUUUGGAAGGACACAAGAUUUUAAGAACAAAGACCUGUCGGGGGGCCCUUCCAUUUUAAUGUCACAUCUUGGACUGCUGCUGGGAUGAUGCUUGGGAGAGCUGGUCCUGCCCCCUGCAACACCCAGCAAGUCAUUUGCCUUUUCUGUGCCUCUUUUCCUACUUGCCAUGUCUCCAUGUUACUCCAUGAUGGGAAGUAGUUUACUGAGUGCGGAUACGCUGCAGAGCAGGAGUGGAACUCCAGCUCCAACAUCAGUUCAGUCUCUUAAGGAAUUGUCCAGCCAUCGGUACAAAGGGUGUGAGAUGAUAGCACCUACCAGUACUCUGAAGGUGAUACCUUCUGUGGCCUUAGCAGAGUUAUCACUUUACUUGGGUUUUCUCUACCUGUAAAAUAGGCUUAGUGCUCAUGUGCCUUGGUGCAGGCAGGGUAGCAAUGCAGUUUCUAAAGGCCUCUCAAAUGUAAAACAGAGGCACUCUCUUAUCUCUGUUGAUGCCUAUCAGAGACAGUCAUAGACUUCUUUGCUGCUGGAUAAAGAAAGUUUAACUGACUGUAAGUGAAAUAAAGAGCACUUAUUAGAAAGCUAAUCCUCUGUAUUCAGAUAGUUCAAAAAUCAAAGGAAUUAGCUUCUUUUCGUUUUGAUAACCUCAUCUACAGUAGCCCUAUAGUAAACUACAUGUUCAUCUCAAGCAGAAUGCUGCCUCAGGUAUUUCCUGCCCUGGGCCUCACAGCGUGCAGCUGAACGGUGACAAACCUGUUUUAUCACUCUUUGUAAUCCUUAUGUAGAAGCCCAAGAACUCCCUUGUUGAGUGUUUCCUAAUUCCUGCUGGAUUUACCUCAAUGGAGAAAGCCAUUACAGCUCCAUUAACAUUCUUUACUACCCUGGAACGUUUUCUUCUAAGGGAAAUUAAAUCCCUGCCGUUUGGGGUUUUAUUAUUCUAAUCAAACGUGGGUGACUUUAAAUACAGUUCUUCCUGCACAUCAGUAGGGAAGCAAUUUUCCUUUGCAGGCACUGUGUAGGAUGUUAACAGCAGUCAUCAUGCCAAGGAAAGCGGCUUUUGUUGCAUGUAUUUCCAAUUGCAUAUCUUCAAUAAAUACUGUACUCAGUGUAUGA